CUCAGUGUUUUGACUGACCAGAAGUAUUUCAAGGAAGGCUUUGAAAACUUGGAAGCAAUAAGAAGCGCUGGUGUUAAGAUUUGGACAUAAACCACAACUAGACAGAAAGAAUAGCUAAUGAUGUAAGUUUCUAAUUCAGCUCUUGUUUCUUAAAUGUUUUGUGAUUGUUUUUUUCUGCUAGUUUAGUUUGUUUGUCUAUUAAUGAGACUUGUUAUUUAGACCUGGACCGACGAAGAAUUUCGGUAUUUUCUUACUCUUUAUGCUGAAGAAAAAAAGAAAGGGAACAGACCAAGGACUGACAUGAAUUCAGUUGGAAGAGAGUUCAUCCCUAGGAAGUUUGAAGAGAGAUUUAGUAAGAAAUGGAUAUGGGACAGGUUUAAGAACAAGGUUGAUGUUUGUAGAAAAGCAUAUGUCAAGUUUAAGAAGCUGACUCACAACAGAACCGGACUUGUCUAUGAUGCUAUGGGACGGUUGGAGAUGCCAGAUGCUUGGUGGGAUCAACGCAUAGCGGAAUGGCCAGGUGCAAGAAAGUAUAAGAACAAAGUACCUCCAAACAUGGAUAUGUUUGAAGCAGAGUUUGGUGCUGUUAGUGUGACUGGAGCAGAAGGAUGGUGUGCUCAGCAAGGAGAAGCUAGCUUAGAUUCUAGAAUGGAUGCAGAAAAGGAAGAUGAAUCAGAUUCUGCUGACACAGAUAUGCCAGCACCAAGAGAAGGAACAAGUAGAGCUGGAUGUUCAAAGUCAAAAAGAAAGCGUAAAGAAGUUGAUCAAGAGCCUUAUGUUGUACGAAAUGCAAUUCUGGCAGAAAAAAAUAAGAUAGCUGAAAGGAUGUUAGAGAUAAUGGCAGAGGAUCGUGUGGUGUUGCAACAGGAUCGUAAGUUCCGUUUAGACAAAGUAUUGGAGAUACUUAAUGAGCUGCCUGGAGUGAUUAAGUGGUCACCAUUUCACAUUGCUGCUGUUAGCCAUCUCAAAGCUGAUGAAGGAAACAGACUGGCCUUUAUAUCUUUCCCUAGUGAUGAUGAUAGGAUUAGCUACCUUGAGCAUAUGAUUGGAAUUAAGAUUUAUGGAGGAUUGUAGUAUGACUUUUGUUUCAGUUUUUUGUUACGACUCAGAUUGUAACAAUUGUUAAGCGAAUGAAUAUUUUUUGUUAUGACUUUUGUAGCUCAUAUUCACAACUUAUAUAUAUAUGAUUUUAAUUACUUGCAGAUGGUUAGGUGGUACUUGGAUGAUGAUGAUGAUGAUUAUGAUGAUGAGGAUGAAUAUGAGGACGAUGUGCUUAAGCCAGAGAGAUUGCUUCAAAGAACAGAUCGAGGUGCUGGAUGGCAUCAUGUUCAGCAGCUUAUGCACGGGUCAGAUCAACAGUGUUAUGAUAUUCUUCGCAUGAAUCAGAGGACAUUUCAAGAUUUGUGUAAGAUGUUAGCGACGAGAUAUGGGUUAAAAGAGACGAACAAUGUCUAUAUUGAAGAAGGGGUUGCAAUGUUCCUUGAAAUGGUGGGUCAAGAUAAGACGGUACGGGUUAUUGCAGAAAGAUAUCAACGUUCGUUGGAUACGGUCAAAAGGAAACUUGAAGAGGUUUUGAGUGUUCUCUUGAAAUUUGCUGCAGAUGUACUAAAACUAGAAGAUGGUGAGUUCACAAGAGUAUGUCCUGCUUUGAGAGAUGAUGAUCGAUACUGGCCAUGUUUUAAAGAUUGUAUUGGGGCAUUGGAUGGAACUCAUAUCUCAGUUCGCCCUCCUAAGCGAAAUGAAGAAGCAUACCGAGGUAGAAAACAGGAGCCGACCAUGAAUGUCCUUGCUAUAUGUAACUUCGAUAUGAAGUUCAUAUAUGCUUAUGUGGGUUUACCGGAUAGAGCACAUGACACAAAGGUAUUGACUUACUGUGCGAGGAACGAGCCCUUUUUUCCACAUCCGCCAAAUGGAAAGUACUAUUUGGUUGAUGCGGGAUAUCCCACAAGAAUAGGGUAUCUUGGUCAGUAUCGCAGAGUUCGGUACCAUCUCGAUCAGUUCAACAGAGGAGGACCGCCAACGAACAGUCGAGAGGUGUUUAACCGGAGACAUUCAAGCUUGCGAUCAGUGAUUGAACGGACAUUUGGAGUAUGGAAAGCAAAAUGGAGAAUUCUUGACCGUAGGCAUCCAAAGUAUGGUUUGAUCAAAUGGAUAAAGCUAGUAACAGCAACGAUGGCUCUACAAAACUUCAUACGUGAUUCACAUCGAGAAGAUAAUGAUUUUGUGCGUUGGCAGAGAAGAGAAGAAUAUCAUACACAUGGUGAUAAUGAUGAAGAAGAAAAAGAUGAAGAUGAAGAAGAAGAAGAAGAUGGUGAUGAUCAUGGUGGACAUAUUCCAUAUGAGCCUACUGGUGAUAGAGUCAUGGAAGGUUUACGUGAUCAUAUUACU